GAGACUAAUUUUUUUGGUUUUUUUUUAGAACAAACUUUUUAAAUUCAGCGAAAAUGAAUUUUAACCCAUCAUCGGUUAGCCCUCCUAAUAAAAAAUUAGAUCCUCCAAAAGAUACUCCAAUUACUUCAGAAGAGCUCGCAAAGUACGACGGUUCAGACACAAAUCUUCCAAUUUAUCUUGCUGUUAAAGGAACGGUAUUUGAUGUUAGCGAUAAACGUGAUAUGUAUGGACCAAGUGGUAGUUACCAUCUCUUUGCAGGGAAAGAUGCUUCUAAAGGAUUGGGUAUGAGUUCUUUGAAUUUAGAAGAUGCUAUUGCAGAUUAUAGUAAAUUAGACGAAUCUCAAUUGAAGGUUUUGAACGAUUGGUAUGAUUUCUUUAAAGCCCGAUAUAAUAUUGUAGGCAAAGUUGUGUGAUUAUCAUUUGUGAUCUUAAUCGGUUAAACAUCUAUUUUAUUUUUGUAUAAAUACUGCUAUAUGUAGUUUCCCUUUUUUUUACGAAAUAAAUUAUCAACUUGUUUAAAUUUUAUAA